AUGUCCCUGGUGUUACGCACUCCCCUAUCUGCCCUCCUACCUGCCUGCCUCGUACUGGUCCUGCUCCCCUAUCUGCCCUCCUACCUGCCUGCCUCGUACUGGUCCUGCUCCCCUAUCUGCCCUCCUACCUGCCUGCCUCGUACUGGCCCUGCUCCCCUAUCUGCCCUCCUACCUGCCUGCUUCGUACUGGCCCUGCUCCCCUAUCUGCCCUCCUACCUGCCUGGCUCGUACUGGCCCUGCUCCCCUAUCUGCCCUCCUACCUGCCUGCCUCAUACUGGCCCUGCUCCCCUAUCUGCCCUCCUACCUGCCUGCCUCGUACUGGCCCUGCUCCCCUAUCUGCCCUCCUACCUGCCUGCCUCGUACUGGCCCUGCUCCCCUAUCUGCCCUCCUACCUGCCUGCCUCGUACUGGCCCUGCUCCCCUAUCUGCCCUCCUACCUGCCUGCCUCGUACUGGCCCUGCUCCCCUAUCUGCCCUCCUACCUGCCUGGCUCGUACUGGCCCUGCUCCCCUAUCUGCCCCCCUACCUGCCUGCCUCGUACUGGCCCUGCUCCCCUAUCUGCCCUCCUACCUGCCUGCCUCGUACUGGCCCUGCUCCCCUAUCUGCCCUCCUGCCUGCCUCAUACUGGCCCUGCUCCCCUAUCUGCCCUCCUACCUGCCUGCCUCGUACUGGCCCUGCUCCCCUAUCUGCCCUCCUACCUGCCUGCCUCGUACUGGCCCUGCUCCCCUAUCUGCCCUCCUACCUGCCUGCCUCGUACUGGCCCUGCUCCCCUGCAUCCCUACCUGCCCUUCUACUUCCAUCCCUUCCUGCCCUCCUACCUGCCUGCCUCAUUCCAGCCCUACCUCCCUGCCUGA